AUGGGUAAAAUGAAGGCUGCGCGCACUUCGCGCCGACACACCCCCCUCUCCAAUACUGGAGGAACACGCUCUUCAAACCGUAUUGCUGCGAAGAAGGAGACCAAGGGAACGAAGCAAGCUGGGCCGAGCCAGAAGAGAGCUCCACCUGCUCCUCGUGAUCGCUCCUCUUCUCAGGAAACUCUCAAGAACUCGAGUGAUUCAUCCCAGGAACCUCCCUUCAGCAGCUUUAGCAGCUACAACACCAAUGAUAGCCACCCAGCUGAGCAGGUCCAGGGAAGCCCGGCUCUCGCUCACCGUAAUCCUCAGGUUCAUGGCACCGUUGCUACGUCCUCUGGUCCUUCCAACAACGCAGCUGGAACAUUGACAGCUGGUGACGUCGCUCUAGAAAUCUAUGGCAACAGAAUCGUGAUCGACAGCACUCUCGGCAAAAAGCUAGCCGGUGAAGCAUCCCUACGACCCAUCCGACAGCGUCGUUCUGACAUGGUUCUCAACAUGGAGCGCCGUAGCAAUGUCGAAGCCUUCUUGGCUCAUCUCACUGGAGUCCAGGUCAGCCGUUCUUGCAAGAAUUGCUCCAAAGGACACGGUCCCUGGUCUGAGUGUAUCAUCUAUGAUGGCCAGAUGUGUGGUAGCUGCACAAACUGCUGGUUCAAUGCCAGUGGUUCUCGUUGCACUUUCCACGAGAACAACCAGAACUCCAUCUAUGCCCCGGCACCAUUGUACCACCCCCAAUCUGCGGGAAUGCCAACCCAGCCUUUUCAAUACGCCCAGCUUAAUCCCCUGGCGCUUCCCCAGGGCAUCCUCCCUAUGAACCCAGGAGCUGCCGUGUCUGUUUACGUGGAUCCUCAAAUGCGCAACCAGUUCGCUAUGAACAUGAUCCAAGCCUUGGGACUCGGUUCCGGCAGAUAG